CAAGAAGUGGAGUUUAACCCCACACACUUCACAUAACAUCAUCAUCAUCAUCACCAUUUUGUUUUGUUGUAUUCUAUGAAAAUCUUUGUUUGAUCCUUCAUAUUUAGAUCCUGUGGUAAAAAAAAAUAUAAAAAAAAAUCCCUUCUUAAAAUUUGAGAAACUUGUGUUCUGUUCCGUCUCAACUGUCAACCCUGUGUGUGUUACUCUUCCGUGAAUCAAUUCAGAUUCUUGUUGUGGAUUCUUUUCACUUUGCAAUUUUCAACCAUACAAAUUCUCUCACUACCCUUCAAUCUUCAGUUUCAUUUUCAUUCUGUUCUGUUUCCCCUGUUUUUCCUCUGUUUUGAAUUCAACCCAUCUUUUGAUUCCUCCAAAAAUUCAAUUCAAAUUUUUGGAGGAAUUCAAGAACUGGGUUUUGAUUUUCCGCCAAAUGGUUCAAAUAGAUUUCUUCUAAGUUCCUUGAUUUUUCUGAUAUUUUUUUUUUUGUUGAAUUUGUCUUUAUCAUCUUGGAAGAGUGUUGCUACUUGUUGUUGAUGAUGGAUGAUACUGUGACCAAAAUGGAUACUGCUAAUGGCUCUGUGAAUAAGCCUGUGGAUGUGGCUUCUUUGGAUUGUAAAAAGGUUGAAGAUCAUGGUCAUGUCAAUGGAAAAAGUGAUAGUGAUUCCAAUUCUUUGUUGACGACACUCCCUAAAAGAGGAGGAAUGGCUCGAAAAUUGGAUAAGACAUGUAGGAGAGUGCAGUGGACUGAUACCAUUGGAAACAAGCUUGUUGAGGUGUUGGAAUAUGAACCAAGUCAACAAUUCACGCAUUCGUACAUCGUUGGAUCGAGAUCUGUCUGUCCAGAUAUUAAGAUGAUGUCUGACUGCAUCAAUGCAUAGAUUUACUGACUACAGCAAAUCCAAAUCUUAGCACCUAAGGAUUAACAUCUGCAAAUGUUAAAUAUUACUGAAGUGGUGGAAUACAUCUUUGGCUGGUAAUAGAAUGAGAUGGGUGGGAUAGUGAAUUAGUGAUACAGACAAGCACAUAGUGGAUUCUGAAGGAACGGAUGACACUAAUUAAAUUGAGGGAGGUUUAUUGGUCAACAUUUCUGCUUAACGAAAUUCAUGCCAUAAAGACAAGUGUUUGGUGGAAAAAAUACUUCAGUUAUUACAUAGAAACUGGAAAUAAAACUUGCAGCUCCAUUAAAACUGAUUGUGAUAUGAUAGAAACUGUUGGGGAAAGGGAGAGCAGAAACUAGCACAAUAGGUGGUCUUUUUUCUUGAAUUACUUAACUUGUAACUAGAUGUAUAAUGCAACGGUGAAAAUUGAUAGGAGCUGCUUCUAUGUAUGAUGCUGGAAGAGAAGGAAAAAUAAAUAAAAAAUAACCAAUGCUUUCUUGUCUACUUGGGAUACACUGUAGCAAAGAAAUUUGAAUAGAACAGAAAUGCUAUCAAUACACUUUUGAAUACACUCCUUAUGAUAUGUCAAAAUGUGUUUUACUUCUAUAUCUCUAGAUGUGUCAUGUAUCCAUUAUUAUCUGACAUUUGGUCGCCAAAUUGCG